AUGUCAACCGUCAACGAAGAAAAAAUUGAUGUAGGUAGAACUGAGACAUUGGUGUACUCGGUAGAAGUACAAAAAGCAAUAGAUGAGAUACUGCCGAGCGAUGAUCCACUGGAUAAACCAGAUUUUGACACAAUAGAUUACAUCAACAAUCUGUUUCCUACUGAACAGUCGCUUACUAAUAUCGAUGAUGUUAUUAAUUCACUUGAAUGUAAAGUAGACUCCAUAGAUAAUGAUAUACGAUCAGUCAUUAGGGGACAAAUUGAAGUUAACAAGGAUGGUAAGGCUGAGCUUGAAGAAGCCCAACAUUAUAUAAAACACCUUUUCAGUCAAAUUAGAGAGAUCAGACAGAAAGCUGAACAUAGCGAGGAAGUUGUUAAAGAAAUUACAUUAGAUAUUAAACAAUUAGACUGUGCCAAAAAGAAUCUUACGACUUCUAUUACAACAUUAAAUAAUUUGCAUAUGCUUGUUUCUGGUAUCGAGUCGCUCAGAGGUUUAACUACAAAACGUAAAUAUGGAGAAAUUGUGAUGCCUCUACAAGGUGUAACUGAUGUUAUGGAACAUUUCAAGAAUUACACAGAUAUACCACACAUCGCUCAGUUAUCUACUGAAGUAAAACAACUUCAGAAGUCUUUAGCAAUACAAAUUAUGGCAGAUUUUCGUGAAGCUUUUUCUGGACCAAAUGCAAAGAAUUUUGUACCCAAUAGACAAAUGACUGAAGCAUGUUUAGUUGUUUCAAUUUUAGAGCCUAAAGUCAAAGACGAAUUGUUAGAAUGGUUUAUAGAUCUACAACUCUCCGAGUAUACACAUUUAUUUGAUAGUACAGAAGAUGUAGCCUGGUUAGACAAGCUCAACCAAAGAUAUGCUUGGUUCAAACGUCAACUUUUACAGUGCGAAGAAAAAUUUAGGACUAUGUUUCCUGUUCAAUGGGAGUUAUCUGAAAGAAUUGCAGUUGAAUUUUGUAAAAUCACAAAAAAUGAGCUUUCUAAACUGAUGGUAAAACGAAAAAACGAGAUUGAUGUUAAGCUUUUAUUGUUUGCAAUUCAAAAAACAGUUGCAUUUGAAAAUUUGAUGGCAAAAACUUUUAAUGGCAAUACAAUUGUUCAAAAUUAUGAAAAAUCUUUGAGCAAUACAAAUAAACAACCAAUAAUCAAUACUGAAACUGAAGAAAUUCUUCAACCAUUUUCUGAAGAAUUACAAAUAUCUAAUGUGCCAGAAAAUAUGCCAUCGCUUGUACAAAAAAAUGAACCAAAACUAAAUUCAUCACCAUUUUAUGGUUUGAUAAGUGAUUGUUUUCAACCAUUUCUCUAUAUUUAUAUUGACAGUGUAGAUAAAAAUUUGUCAGAACUGAUUGAGCGUUUUGUAAGUGACAACAAGAUAACAUUGGCGAAAGAAAAUAUUGAUGAUCAAACAGCUACAGUUCUACCAAAUUGUGCUGACUUAUUUCUAUUUUAUAAGAAGUCACUAGUGCAAUGCACUGAGCUCAGUAAUCAUAAUCCAAUGCUUGCAUUAGCAACCGUAUUUCAGAAAUAUCUUAAAGAAUACGCGACUAAAGUACUAGAAGUUAACCUUCCCAAAAUAAGUCAUCCUGCCACAUCUCUAACUACAAAUGUUUCAAACAUGACCAAAGACCUAAUUAAAGAUUUACAACUUCUUCCAAGUGGAAUGACUGAAGCUAGUGUUAAAAAUAUAAAUUGUACACCACAAGAGUUAGCUAAAAUUUGUUGUAUACUAACAACUGCUGAUUACUGUAUGGAAACAACACAACAGUUAGAAGAAAAAUUAAAAGAAAAAAUUGACCCUUGCUUAGUUGGAAAAAUUUGUAUGACCAAUGAAAAUGAUUUAUUUCAAAAUAUUAUUUUCAUGUCUAUUAAUCUUUUAGUUCAACAUUUAGAAGCUGAUUUGGAACCUGCAUUAAAUAAUAUGACCAAAGUUCCUUGGCAAAAUAUUACAGCAGUCGGUGACCAAAGUGAAUAUGUUACUAUCAUGACAACACAUUUGAGAGGUGUUGUUCCUAUUGUACGAACAUAUUUAUCAACAUCCAGAAAAUAUUUUACAAAGUUUUGUAUCACUUUUGCUAAUUCAUUCAUACCUAAAUUUAUCCAACACUUGUAUAAAUGCAAGCCGCUAUCAAAUAUUGGGGCUGAACAAUUGUUGUUGGAUACACAUUCACUCAAAACAAUUUUAUUAGACUUGCCAUCAAUGAACCUUGAUGACAAUCGUAAAGCUCCGGCUAGUUAUACAAAGGUUGUAGUAAAAGGAAUGACAAAAGCAGAAAUGAUAUUGAAAUUAGUAAUGGCUCCAACAAUAAAACACUAUACAUCUUUUGUCGACCAAUAUUUAAAACUAUUACCAGAAUCUGAUAUGACAGAAUUUCAAAAAAUAUUAGAAAUGAAGGGUUUGAAAGCAGCUGAACGAAAUGAGCUUUUGAAUAUUUUUAGACCUAGGAAUCCAACUGGAAGUUUUGUUACAAGUACAGCUGCAUUGUCUAGUUUGAAACAAUAUACUAGUCUAAUAAAAAAAAAUUUGAUAUCUAAUUCUAGCAAUAAUUAG